UCGACUUGCUUCUCCUUCUUUUGCCCUCUCAUAUCACUUUUCGUCUCCCUAUCCAUUCGCCCAUUUUUCUCCUCUCACUCCUGCUGCUCCUCCUCUCCAUCGUCUUUCUUUCUCCUACAUCUCCUCUUUUCCUCCUGCUAUAGCCUCAUCCUACAGUCGUCUCUAACUGUUUCUUUCUCUCUUAAAUUCUUAGUCGUCAUCUCACUCACGCUCGCGUGGCAGCGUAGCCGUUGGCGGUGGCAGCAGCGGCGCGGUGCUUCCAUCCCAUGUCCAACGUACCAAACCCAAUCCAGUCCAGAAAUAUCCCCACUCUAACUGAAUGCCGGCGACGGAAGUGCGGCAACGCCGCGACGAGCGUCUCGGUCUUGGCAAGUACUCAGGGGGCCAGCCGAGUCUACCGAGUUUGUCUACCGGCACGGGUACCAAAAGAGCGGAGAUAAGUCGUGAGUUUUGAAACGGCAUGCCGAGGCGACGCGUUGCGUGAACUUAAGAAAGAGAGACCGUCGUGGUCGUCGUCGUGAUCGUCGUCGACGUCGCGUCGUGUUACCGUCGUCUCUCUCCCGCCUUGACUCCUUUUACCCUCCCGCCUCUUCCUCCCAAUUUGCCAUCCAACCCCGCGUGCGUGAGACGUCGCACGCAACGUCGUCCAGACAUUUUUUUCGGCUCGUGAUACCAGUUGCGAAUCAAACACGGUGUAAAUGGCGCUCUCUGCACAGAAUCAGUCAACGUCGUAUGUCAACCUCUAUUACUCGAUCGUCCAGCGCGCGGCGACACGUUAUUUUAAGGAAUAUUACAAUUCCGGAAACAAUGUAUUAUAAUCCUCUGUGGUUCAUCGACUCAUCGGGAUAAAUGGAAGACAUACCUAGAAAUAGCAGCCACGAUGUAUUUGGUAGAAUAUCAGAUACUGGCGCGCCAUACGUGUUGUACAAGGACAACAUGGAGAGACCCCAGGGCCAAUGGGCUCCGGGGCCCGGUUCUCUCCAAGAUGGUGGAAUAUAUGCACAACAGCAACAACAACAACAGACAUCAUCAUCUUCAGGUAGUCCACAACAGCCUUGCGGUCCACCAGUUGAAGGUGGUGAAACGGGACCACCGCCUUCACUAGCAUCUCCCGUUCCGUCGCCAUAUCCAUCAGCACCACCUGAACCUCAAGCACUAACACCACCUGAAGAUGAUAUACAACCAGGUCAAUCGACGGCACAGCAACAACAGCAACAGCAACAAGUUCAACAACAAGUACAGCAGCAACAACAGCAACAGCAACAACAGCAGCAGCAGCAACAACAACAACAGCAGCAGCAACAGCAACAACAACAACAGCAACAACAACCGCAACAGCAACCACAACAAGCACAACAAGAGCAUUCACCACAACAACAGUUGACACCUCAUGAAGUAGAGCGAAAUGACUGUUUUCCGGGUGCAGGUGAACUUCAGCAAUAUCCGCAACAUUAUUUCAAGGAAACUCGACCGCACCCAUCGCCUUCGGUGCCUCCUCAUAUGCUUACACCAGGCGGAUUUUCAGCGCUACACUACCUGAAACAACCGGGUGUGAUGCUGACGUCUUUGGGACAAGGUGAUGGUGGUGCAAGUCUAGAGGCACAUCAAUACGCGAGCCCCGGGGCACCGAAUAUGGCAACUGGUUUACCUGACAUUGUCCAGCAGAAUGGCAAGUCCUCAAAGGGUGCCAACAGUGAUCUUAGAUUGUUCAAGUGCUUAACGUGCGGAAAAGAUUUUAAACAAAAAUCGACUUUGCUUCAACACGAGAGGAUCCAUACGGACAGUCGGCCGUACGGAUGUCCAGAGUGCGGAAAGCGGUUCAGGCAACAGUCGCAUCUGACGCAACACCUGCGAAUUCACGCGAACGAGAAGCCAUACGCUUGCGUUUACUGCGAGCGCACGUUCCGGCAGCGCGCCAUCCUCAACCAGCAUCUGCGCAUCCACUCGGGUGAGAAGCCAUACCAAUGUCCGGAGUGCGGAAAACACUUCCGUCAGAAGGCGAUCCUGAAUCAGCACGUCCGCACACACCAAGAUGUGAGUCCACAUUUGAUCUUCAAAAAUGGUAUGACACCAACCCUUUGGCCACAAGACGUACCAUUUCCUCCAGAAGAGGGCAAAGAAGAGGUUGCUUCGACGUUUGGCGAUACUGAUACUCAAUCAGGUGCAUUCAGUCCAUCACCAGACGGCAAUUCUAUCCAGUAUCCGGCUUAUUUCAAAGAUCCAAAGGGCAAUAAUCACGCUGUCUUUGGAGCUGGUGGUCCUGGUAGUUUUGGAGCUCUUCAGUACAUAAAACAACAGGGUGCUAAUGGUGCUGGAAAUACUGGUAAAGGUUGUUUACCCGAUGUAAUACAGCACGGAAGAUCAGCAGGCAUGCCUCUUUAUGUAAGAUGUCCGAUAUGUCAGAAAGAAUUUAAACAAAAAAGUACACUUUUACAACACGGCUGUAUACACAUAGAAUCAAGACCAUAUCCUUGUCCAGAAUGUGGUAAAAGAUUUAGACAACAAUCACAUUUGACGCAACACUUGCGUAUUCACACCAAUGAAAAACCUUACGGUUGUGUUUAUUGUGGUCGAAAUUUUCGACAAAGAACUAUACUUAAUCAACACUUGCGUAUUCACACAGGGGAAAAACCAUACAAGUGCCAGCAAUGUGGCAAAGAUUUUAGACAAAAAGCAAUCUUAGAUCAACAUACACGUACACAUCAAGGUGAUCGGCCGUUUUGUUGUCCCAUGCCGAACUGUCGUAGACGUUUUGCUACUGAACCAGAAGUGAAGAAACAUAUCGACAACCAUAUGAAUCCACAUGCAAGUAAAGUACGUAGAAAUUCAACUGGUGAUGCAAAAACACCUGGAACACCAACAGCACUUGGUCCAGUACCAGUACCUCGUGGGCUCACGCCAACGGUUGUUAAGCCCGAGUUAUAUUUCCCUCAGUGUUACGCACCUGCGUUUAAUCAUCAACCACCAGUGUCAUCAUCUCAAUUCCCUGGUCAAACCAACGGAGUUGCCGUAACUGGAGAAUUUAAGCCGCCGUCGGCUCUACCACCGCAGUGACUAACCGUCCAUCCUGCAGCUUAUUAGCAAGCAGGAAUUCCGCUGAAAUUUCAGCGUUGUUUUACACCAACCAUUGGAACUGGAGCUUCUAAUACAUCGUCGCAUCUGUGCCAGCCACUACAACAACAUUACCCGUGACAAUUAUCGUGCAUUUACUAGCAUUUCGUCGUUGAUAAGUUUUCUGGUUUGUUUUUUCACUUUAUCUUUAAUAUUAACUAUUAUAUAUUUUUUCCUUUUGGAUUGUUAGACGUUAUUAAGAAGAAAUUUUUUAAUAAUAGCAACCGCGUUGUGAAUAUCAAAUGCGUGUUUUUGAUGAAAUGUUACCAAGUAACGCAUCACUUGCAACCAUCGGUAUAGUUUAAAGGGAUGAAUAACAUUUUUAAAAGAAAAUUAAAAAAAACAGGAUUAAUUUUUUAAAACCCACAAUUGGGUUCCUGUUACUUCCGCUCUAUAUGUAUAGUUAAUACAGUUAUGGAAAAAAAUAAUGUUGAAAAUGUUCGAUUUCGACCAGACUGAAACGAUUGUGAUACAAUAUUUAACUUGCCUAUGUUUUAAAGAAUUGAGAAGUCAAGUUGAGUAUGUGAAUCUUGCAAAAGAAGAAAGAUGCCAAGAAGGACGUCUGUAAAUAUGUAAAACGUGAAUAAUUAAUGGUGAAA